AUGUCCAUCCCCUUCUUCCUCCUAUGGCUUCUUAGCAGUCCCCUCUUCUCCCUUGCCGCCCCUUCCCCUCGCGGUUACUUCAUCAAUUGCGGUUCUAAAACCGACAUUCAACAAGAUGGCAUUACAUUCUUAAGGGACGAAGGCUACGCUCUCGCCGGAAACCUAAUUACCUUAAACCGGACCGAUAUUCUCUCCCUACUCACCACCCUCCGCUACUUCCCCCACGGCCCUGGCAAAUACUGUUACGAGUUCCCCGUUACCAAAGGCCGGAAGCUCCUCAUCCGUACCACCUACUUCUACGGUGGAUUUGAUGGCGGCAUUGAUCCACCGAUUUUUGAUCAGAUUAUUGAUGGUACUAACUGGAGCGUUGUUAAUACCACCGAAGAUUACAAAAACGGACUCAGCUCCUAUUACGAGAUAAUUGUGAUUGCAAUUGGCAAAACGAUUAGCGUGUGUUUGGCGUCCAAUGAGCACACCAAGGCUCCGGCGAGUCCUUUUAUUUCAUCGUUAGAGUUGAUGAAUCUCGAUCCAUCAUUGUAUAAUUCCACCGACUUCGGAAAGUAUGGAUUGAUUACUGUGGCUAGGUCUAACUUCGCCUCCGACGGUGAUUUUCUACGUUUUCCAGAUGAUCCAUUCAAUCGAUAUUGGCAACCGUUCAUCGAUGGAAACCCUACGGUAGAAGCACACGCGAAUGUAACAACGUCGGGAUUUUGGAACCAGCCACCGGCAAAGAUAUUCCUCUCGGGAUCAACGACGAGCAGAGGGAAGAAUCUCACGUUACAAUGGCCGCCGUUUUCUCUGCCGAGCAACCGAUACUACGUCGCUUUAUACUUCCAAGACAGUCGAACUACAAGCCCUUAUAGUUGGAGAGUAUUCACCAUUCUCAUCGACGGUGAAACCUUCUAUCAGGAUCUCAAUGUUACCACGAAAGGUGUUACAGUUUACGGCACAGAAUGGCCGCUCUCCGGCGACAUAGAGGUCACUCUGACUCCGAGAAGUGACAUGCCGGUUGGCCCUUUGAUUAACGCCGGCGAGAUAUAUCAAAUCUUGCCUCUUUCUGGAACAACUCUGGCCAGAGAUGCAAUGGCAUUGCAAAUAUUCAAGCAGAGCUUAAGAAACCCACCGGAUGAUUGGAAUGGAGAUCCAUGCUUGCCUAUAGCACAUCCCUGGUCUGGAAUCCGCUGUUCGCAGGUGAAUCCAGUUCGAGUUAUCAGUUUGAACCUAACUGGGCUUUCGCUAAGAGGAAUAUUACCUAAAGAAAUUGCUAGAUUAACUGCUUUAAAAGAACUGUGAGUAGUCUAUAUGAUCAAAUAAUUCCAUCCAUUUUGAACAUAAGACAGAGCAAAAUCUAUAUUGGGU